AAACCCUCAGAGGAUUUAAAAGUAAAGAAGAGAUUUCUUCUUUACAUUUGUCCUUAAAAGAGCAUCAAUUAGCCCUAGAAAUAAAAAAAUGACACGACCUCGGUUAGAAUACGGACUGCAUGGUUGAAAUUGCGUAGGCAAAAGCACGCGCUCAAUAGUUGCCUCACAAAGUGUGGGCGCCAGAGGGAAAGAGAGUCUGCGGCUCAGUGUUGGCGGGGCCGCUUCUGCCAAUAUCUUCUCCAUCUGCUCUGUUUCACAUUUGACAAUCGCUGACGGAUCGAACAGGAAUUUGUCGCGAACUCCAUCCCCACUCGACUUCAACCAUAUGAAUUACUCGCGACGCGUCGCUAUUUGGUUACUCGCGUUAUCUGUCCAACUUAUUCAGGCAUGUGUGCAUUGCGGUAGGUUGGAGAUGAUAUCCGUUUGGCUCCUCUUUUUAAAGCUGCUGAGAGCAACAGCUGGUGUGAGACAGUCAAAUGGAAAUGAACUAAAUGAAGGCCAAAGCAGCUCUGUAAAUCAGCAACAACAAGAGCAGGAAUACCUCUCUGAAGCGGUAACCAUGGAGACCAGCCAGCUUUCAGAAAUGGCUGAUAUAACAGACUGUAAAAUGGAUCCCGGGUGUACAGACGACCAGAAAAGCCGGUUAAGUGAGCAGGAGGAAGAGAAAGAAUGUUUUGAAACAUAUUUCUCAGAGGACCUGGAGACCACAAAGAGCAACUCGGAAGAAGAAAUGGACGGGCAAGAAAGCAAAGGCAUAGAUGAAUGUGAGGGCUCAGGUGAAUCUGAUGAGAGCAUAGACUCACAAGAAGGCAUUUCGGUCAAGGUCAAAGAAGAAGAGCAGUCAGAUUGUAGAGAAUCAUUGGCCUCUGAGAUUUACGAAAGCUCUCAUCUAAAUGACCAACCGGAGAAAGAAACAGACGUUAACAUUAGUAAGAAUGUGCAGGAGGAACAACACAGUGAACCCCAGGAAGAGGUGGAUGUACAUGAAUCAGUGUUGGAGGAGCAAAUGAACGAGCUUACGAUUUCUGAAGUCCCAGAUGAAUCAUGUCAGGAUACAGAACGGGAUGACCUCAGCGAUUGUGUGCAUGUUGAGAUGGCUAUUAUUUCAUCAGACAGCGAUCUGGAGGAAUCCUGUAGAUCCCCAGCUCCAUCAACUGUUGACAAAGAAGAAACUGAAGAAAAUUGCGAUCUGUUGGGAGUAGCUGAACCCGAUUUAUACCCAGAAGACCAAGCGAGACAGGAGGACGAUGCAGUGACCGAAAGCACUGCUGAAAGUGAAGAAACAGUCAUGGACAUAACCAUCAGUGAAAGUGAUAUUUUAGAGCAACCCGACUAUCCCACCGAAUGCGAGCUUCAAGAUAUUUCGUUAAAUUCCUCUGCCCAUCACUGCAGUCUGACCAAGAUUCCAGAGGAUGAAGGAGAGCUUGAAAAGAGCUCAAUGCACAACCUCCAGCGCCUGUCUUGUUCAACGUCAGAACUAGACAAAAAGUUGCCACAAGACUUCUGCGUGGUUCAGGAAAUAAAAAGCGAGAACGUCAGCACGGAGCAUUUGGAUUUCAGGGUGGCUCGCAGGCAAUGGCAAAAGAUAGAGGAGCAAACCAAGGGUCAGGUGCACCGGCCAAUGGUGAGACACGGGUCUUGCCAGAGUGGUCACAGCUUCAUGUACACACCCGUGCGCAACAUCGACCGCCCAAGAAAAGACCACGACACGGACAGUCUUGGCCUGGGUGAUUACCAGUACACUCAGUUUAGCCCCUGUUCUGAGGACUCUGGUUUGGACGACACAAGCUAUAGGUCCCCUUACGAUGAGCCGGAGAACCCAGUGGAGAGGGAGAUCCGUGAAGCGCUGGAGAGAGAAGAGAAUUUCAGACACGAGAGAGCAAAGGCAAAUGCCUCUGCCGGCACCAGACCUGGCGGUCUUCCGCACAGCAGAUCAGAACCUGGAGAAAGAGGAAGGAUGUUCAACACACCAGAGGACAGAUGCAGGUCCCAGAGAUCUUCUAGUGCGACAACUCAUUCGUCUGUAAGAAGUCCCACAUACCACGAAAUGACAGCCAAUAACGUCAUAAUACUCGAGCCGGAUUCCUAUCCCACAAGCUCACGGAAUAGAGGGAAGGGUGGUCUGCUCUCUCCAGGGACGAGCGGUUUCCAAGAAUGGCCUUCAGACACAAACAACGUCAUUAUUCUGGAGACGUCGAAUCUCAUCAUCCGAAGUGCCUCAGAAUUCUGUCUGAGCACUGCGUGCCAGGAGACACAAGAAAGCACGUUCAAUAAUAAUCCCUUCUUUAAACUCCGCUCCCAUAGCACGCAGUCUCUGGUGGACCAGGAGAUCAAGAUAGUUAAAGAAAGAGAAGAGGAGCUUAAGAGGCAGAGGGCACAACUGAAUGCAAAGGAAAGAUAUGACACGGUCCUUGUGUCCCCCAGCCAGCUGCAGAACUUCACAUAUGAGAGACCAGGAGAGGCACAUGUGAAAUCUAAGUCAUCCCCCUCAUCCCCAUCAAAGACAAGCAAAAUGGACCGGUCCACUUUGUCAUGUGACAACAAGUUUUACAGGUGAAACUUUCUCCUUCAGCUCCCUGAGUCACCUUUCCUUCGAGUGAGACGGAAAAGUGCACUGGUCCAGAGGUGGGAAGCAGGUAUCUUUGCCAAUCAUCAGCAACAAGACUGAAUGAUUUGACUUAAUGAAGUACAUUAGCAAAAAUUAAGACUCCAUAACAGUGUAAGCACAUAGAGGUAUAGAAAGUCCAACAUUUAGUACUACAAUGAACCUGAAAUCUAUUAGCAUGUGAUAGAGGGAAUGCAUGUGUCGGAGCAUGACCUCUUGGCUGGCAAUACAUGCAGCAAAAUGACUGCUUAUGAUAUCAGGAAACGCAAUUCUGUGCAACAUUUCAGUAUCCAGGAUCACCUUUUUCCUCUGUUAGUCGCAGUGAAGCCGCAAGCAUAAGCAGCAGUAACCGUCGAGUCCAGCUGCUUGUAAUUUCAGCAAUAAUUGCGUGUUUUAGUCCCGGUUUCUGUGUUCCUCCUAUUCUCCUCAGCCAUUUUACCGCGUGUUUUACCACUCAGGAGAACGUGUCUCAGUGCUCAAGGGGGGCUUGUCCCGGCGUGUUCACGUGGAAAAGUGACGUUGACGCAUACCCUCUAUUACAAAUAUUCAAAAAUUUAGCCAAUGCAAAGCUAACCUUUUUACAAUUUAGAUGUGAAUAGUAUUUUCGUUCUGAAUGUUAUCCUGGAUAUACUUUUAUAUUAUUGCACAUGAAGCACAAUUUAUUAGAAAAUUGCACUAUGUACAAAAGAGCCAAACAUUGAGAACAUUAUUCCUAUACAUGCAUUAAAAAGAUUAUGGACCAAUAAUUUCUUGAUCGUUAUAAUAUUUUCAUCUCUUUAACUAUAAAAGAAUUAACUAUAAAAAGAAAUACCAUCUUUGAUUUCAUCUGAUCAAAAGUGCGAUUUUAGACAGGCAAUAGAAUUGUACAGAAUGUUUAACAUAAUAGAGUUUGGAUGUAAUGUAAUUAUUGGAGUAUAUUUUGGAUGUAGCUCCCAGAAGUGUUACAAGAUGAGUAGCUGGUUUCAUAAUUAUUGUGAGCCUAUAAUCUUUUUUUGUUGUUGCUUUGACUGCCUGCUAAAAAUGUGAACAUUUAUUCAUAUGUGAAAAUACUUAAUUUAACAUGUUUGAAUUUCACUUUAUAAUAUUCGUGUUGCAUCACAUAUGUUUUUUUUUUUUGCAGUAUGCCAAUGCAAAAUAGAGUUAUAACAUUUAAAUAAAACAUUAAAUUGAAAUUCAAGACA